AUAUUGAUAGCUGUCCGUUAUGUUGUAGGAAUUAUAAUGAUUGGUGAAAUUGGUGGUGGUGCUGAGGAAAAAGCUGCAGAAUAUUUGUUGGAACACAAUGUUGGAGAAAAACAUAAACCUGUUGUUGGAUUUAUUGCAGGGUUGACUGCACCCCCUGGAAGACGAAUGGGUCACGCUGGUGCUAUCAUUGCUGGCGGAAAAGGUGGUGCUGGUGCAAAGAUUGAAGCAUUGAAAGAGGCUGGCGUACACGUCACCAAUUCACCAGCACAGUUAGGAUCAACCAUGCGAGAGGUUUACGACCGUCAUUACUAUACACGAUGAAAUGUCAGUCGACCACGCAUUACCAUUUGGAAACGCAACUAUUAUCUUGGAAUUGUCUUUGAAACGAAAUUUGACACUUCUUAAUUUAGUCUUGUUCGGAGAUGUGUCUGUAUUUUCUUGCGAAUGAUAACAAUACUGUACAAAA